CUUGCCAUUAACUCAUUUCGAAACUGAAUUUUAUUUCUGAAGAUUACCUCAAGACUUUCACCCUGCUUGCUCUGUUUUUGCUCUGAUCCUUCUCGUGCUGAGGACCUGUAUUUAUUUGAAUUCAUGGUAACAGGAUUUCUGUUACCAGGUCAGUCCAAGUCUUAAUUCUCUUUUUUUCAAUUAGAGCAAUACAAAAACAAAGCAAACAAGGCAUGUUUUUGAAUUGUUUUUUAUACAAAUUGACAUCCCAUUGCAACUUUUCUUGCAAAGCCAUCUGUUUUUGUUUUUGUUUUCCAUGUGUUAUUUUUAUUAAGGAAGCACAUAAGAAAAACACUUUGUUAUCAGCAGUUUAUCACAUGUGUGAUGCUGCUAUCUGGUAAGUGUUGGUUUAUCAGUCUGAGCCCAAAUAAGAACUUAUCAUUUAUACUACUGUUAUUGAGGAAGCACAAAGAGAAAAUAGUCCUUAUCAUUCAUCUAUUUCCUCAUGGUAAGUUACUGGGUCACAUUAUAACAUGAUGAAAUCAAAAUGUUUGGACUGUUUUUUGUUGUUUUUGUUGUUGUUAAUUAAACAUUUAAACAUAACCCUCUCAGAAAUUUAAGAAAUGUUUGAUUCUCUUAUCAACUAUUUUCAUUAAAGCUGCGUUUGAAAUGAAACAUAAUGCGAGUUAGAAAGCAGUUCACUUUCUAAGCAUUUAUCUGGAAUUUUUUCCAAAGAACUUGUUUUGAUGUCAGCACUGGUUGAAUAUUUCCUGCAUAGGUGAUUAUUAUAGUCUUGUCUUGUACAGAUAACUGUAUAACAAAGUCCAUCUUGGUCAACCUUAGGGCUCUGUAUUUCUUUUUAAAAGUCAUUAAUACCUAAGCUGUCCAUGAGCUGAAGAAUCUAGAUGCUUUAUACAUAUGUUAAAAUUAAGUAUCUUGAAAACACUGGCUUUCUGGAAAAAAUGUGUUUGUCCAGAAAACCAAAGCAGUAACAGAAGGAUGACUUGAUCAAUUCUCUAGUUUUGGUCAGGAUUCUUGGAACAGCAAUACAGAGGAGUUGAGCUUCCUGCUUGACUUUUCUACUCACAACUGUAAAGACACAAAACCUUUAAUCAAAGAUAUGUAUUGAAAUGUCUCUUUUUAGCAUGACUAAGAAACAAAAAAAUAGGAAUGUUAUCUUUGCUGGAUUCCAUAGUGGAAAGAAAUCCAUAUUAAUACGGCAUGGCGGAGAAUUGUAGCAAUGUUAGUUUUGACAUAUUUGGAUGUCAUUGUUUCUUUGAAAAGAAAGACAAAAUGUAAUCAUAUUUUUUCUUCAAUACAAACUCUGCUAAGAUGAGAGAAGUGGAGGUGCGAAAGAGAGCUCUACGAACUACAACAACACCACCAAUGUAUCCCAAAAAUGAAAGAAAAUGUUUAAAAAAAUGAAGUCUGAUUUUUAAAAGGUACCAAAAUAUGACUUUUGCUCAGUCAGAAUGUUUGAAAAAUAUUAAUAGAUAUUAAACUCAAGCAAAAAAUAACCAUUAUACUAUCUUCUAGUUCUGGAAUAGUUCUCCAAAGAUUUUAAGUGGGUUUACAUGGGUUUGUUGCUUGAUUUAUCACCACCGAGUCUAAUUGAGUGCUAGUUCUCAUGUUUUAUUUCAGAAGCAAAAAUAAUGGCCAAAUAAUUAGGAGGGAGAAGAUUUUGCACCAUUUGUGUAAGGAAACAAUAACAGUCAAAGAGGCCAUGUGGUAAGACUGUGUAUCAUCAGUGUUUUGUGUAUCUUCAAAAUUGUAAAGAUUUUUAGAAGACCCUAAAAUUUGCUCUACAUCACUUUCAUACCAAUAAAACAACCUAAGUGUUUAAAAAACAUCUGAGUUAAGUUACUGUCAUAAACAUGAUUUAGUUAUGUUUCUCUUUAGAUAUUUUCCUCCAGAAUAUUAUUUCCUUGAAGAUGUUUUAGAAAAAGAAACCUGUAAAAAGUUUGGAUAAUUUUCAUGCUAAUCGCUUACAAUGAUGUCCCAUAUUUCCCAUGAUACAAAUUCAAGGUAAAAGAGUAAUUGGUACUAAAUGUAUAUGUGACAUCAUUAUUGUAACCAGUUACCUUGAGUAUUGUUUUUAACAUGGCAAAGCAAAUCUUCAAGUCUUAUCCCAUGCACAAAUUUCUCAAAAAAAAAAAAAAUGUUAAUCAUUAUUCACUGAUAAGAAAUUGUAUAUUUAAGGCUUUGGUUGUCACACAACCCACAGACCUGACCCAGGGAAACUGAAACUAAAAAUGGAGAUGACAAUAUUUUUUCCUGCAUUGCUUCUGAUCUGCUCUCUCUUCACAGCUCAGCUCCAAGCUGCAGCCGACAAUGAAGUUAUUUCACAUUUAAGGCAAACAGAAUCACAGGCAGCAGAUGCAGGAAAUCUCUCUGACAACCAACAAACCUGCACACAAGACAUCAAUGCUGUGCUGAGAGAGAUGAGCGCUUCAUUGGCUGGACUGAAGGUUGGUAUGGCGUAUCUACAGAGAGAUAAUGAAGCCAAGACAGAAGAACUGGACUUGAUAAAACAACAAUACCAAGAGCAAGUGACAAAAGUAAGGAAUCUUGAGCAGCAGAACCAAGAGCAAGUGACAAAAGUAACGAAUCUUGAGCAACAAUACCAAGCUCAGAUAGGAGAACUGAUCAGUGUUAAAGCCAGGACAAACAACACUGAAAACCAAGUGGAGGUUCUGAAGAGAGAAAGAGAAGUGAAACAAGUGGCUUUCUCAGCUUCCUUGCUGGCAUCAGGUUCAAGACAUACUGGACCAUUUAACACACAGACGCCUCUAGUCUUCAGACAUGUUGUUGCAAAUAUUGGAAAUGCCUACAAUCCAAACACAGGUUUUUUCAUUGCCCCGGUGAGAGGAGCCUAUCACUUUGAGUUUUACUUACAUGGAGUUGGACAUGCAUCACAUCCGACAGCUGCUGUGUUGGUCAGGAAUGGGAAUCCUAUUGUCAUCGCAUAUGAACAUCAGGCUUCCUACAAUGUUAACCCAUCUAAUAGUGCCACAUUGCUGUUAGAAACUGGAGAUGUUGUGUUUUUGCGUCAGUGGCCAAACACAAGGAUUUAUGACGACGGAAAUCAUUACACAACCUUCAGUGGCCACUUGCUUUUCACUGUGUGAGCAGAAAACAGUCCUAAUUUAUUUCUGCCUCAAGAGCGCAUCAUAAAAUAUACAUGAUUUUUUAUAACUGCAUUAAAUAAUUUUUAUUGUGUUUCCUUUUGUCUUAAAUUUCCACAAUAAUUUAUCAGCCACAAUGAUUCUAAGGAUUCUCUUUCAAUUUUUUCUGUUCUUUAUGUGUGUUAUUAAUAUAGUAAAAUACUUCAAAUAAAGUUUUUAAAGCUAUGCUAACUAAGUUCAUGGUUUAACCGGGGCCCCUUGCUUCUCCACUUCGGUCGUUAAUGUGUUUGUGAAACUAACUUAAACAAUCAGUGUGACUUUUGUGACUUAUGAGUGUGAUAAAUUAAAAAACUAUCAUGCCUUCAGUACACUACCAAAAUAUUCUAUAAAGAUGCUUUUCAUAGGUUGAUUUCAUAUUGGAAGAGUUGACAGUAAGAAGGUUUA